AUGAGCAACUCACCCACCGAGGCGAGAAGAAGCGUGCACCGGUUGAGUGGAAGCCACUCCAAUGAGACCGCAGAGGGUCCCUAUACAUUGGCCUUCAAGUAUGCAAACCAUUCCAGCUCCUUGACACCAUUGGGCUCCUCUGAGCCUCUUUAUGUGGCUUCCUACAAGCGGCCUUUCAACUUCUCCAAGCCCGAUGUAUUGAUAUCGUUUGCACCAAAAAACUUCCAAUUGGCAACCGUCAUCUUCCACAGUUUCUCCAGCAAGAUCAACCUUGUCUAUUCGCACGACAGGAUCACCACGUACAAAGCCCGCUUCCCGACCACCAAGAUCAAAACCUACCAGUGGACAGUGGGAGAAGGUCCAAAGCGAACGGAGGCCAGCAUCGAAUGCUUUGACCAAGUGAAGCGCCGGGUGUGUACUAUCUCAUUGACAGAUCACUUCACCAGUGGAAGCAUCGAGGUCUGGAAAGAUAACAUGGAGUGGGAUGAGUUUGAUCACAUGAUCGUGUCUGCAAUCGCGCAGAUAGAAUGGUUGAAACGAAGACUCGAAACACCUAAAGGAGCACUGUAUGGAGCGGCUGCAAGUUUGGGGACGGGUGGUGGAUCUACGGCUGCGACUUGA